AGCAGCAGCAACAUCAUCUUCAUCAAAACAGCAUCAUCAUCUUCAUCAAAACAGCAGCAGCAGCAUGGAGCUUCCACUCAACGGCACGGCCGCCAACGGCACGGGAGAUCCACGCCAAUUCACGGACCUCUACGAAUUCUCGAACGACGCCGACGACUCCGACGACUCCGCGGCGACUCAGCACGGCACCCUCCCCGGGGCCCUCUUCCCGGUGCCCGUCCUCAGCGCCAUCACCGUCGCUUGCCUGCUGCUCUUCGCCGUCGGUGUCGCCGGCAACGUCCUCACCAUCCUGGUGGUGACGCGCUUCAAGGUGAUGCGCACCACCACCAACCUCUACCUGUCCAGCAUGGCGCUGUCGGACAUCUGCAUCUUCCUGUGCAUGCCCUUCGACCUGUUCCGCAUCUGGCAGUUCGUGCCGUGGAUCUUCGGCGACCUCAUCUGCAAGUGGUUCCAGUACGCGAGCGAGUGCUGUACCUACGCGACCAUCCUGCACAUCACGGCGCUCAGCGUGGAGCGGUACCUCGCCGUGUGCUUUCCGCUCAAGGCCAAGGUGGUCAUCACCAAGCGGAGGGUCGCGCGGGUCAUCUGCCUCUUGUGGAGCGUGGCCGCUCUGAGCGCGGGCCCCGUGUUCGCCGUCGUGGGCGUGGAGUUCGAAAACACCACCGGGCUGGGUGGCGGUGGCGACGGCGGUGGACCCAGAGACGGCGUCUCGGCCGUGUGCCGCCAGACGCGCUACGCCGAGACGUCGGGCCUCCUCUACGUGAUGGUGUGGGUGUCCACGAUCUACUUCUUCAUGCCCGUGCUGUGUCUCAGCGUUCUCUACUCGCUCAUCGGCAGGGAGCUGGGCCGCAGGAAGCGCUGCCGCAGGCGCGCCGCUCGCCGGGUCUGCAUGGCCACGCGGGACUCGUCCCAUCGGCAGACCGUCAAGAUGCUGGCCGUGGUGGUGGUCGCCUUCAUCCUCUGCUGGCUGCCGUUCCACGUGGGUCGCUACCUCUUCACGAGCUCCUUCGACUCGGAGAGCAAACUCGUGCACCAGGUUAGCCGCUACUUCAACCUGGCCGCGAUGAUCCUCUUCUACCUGAGCGCGGCCAUCAACCCGGUGCUCUACAACGCGAUGUCGCGCAAGUUCCGCACGGCCGCCGCCUGCCUCUUCCGACGCGAGCCGUACCCACUCUACUGGACCACCACCAACAACAACAGCAGCAGCAGCGCGCGGGACGAAAGCUCGCAGGCUGCUGCUGCUGCUGCGCACGCGCAGUGCGGCGUCAACAACAACAGCAGCAGCAGCACCACCACGUGCGUCUGA